AUGUCCCACCUAGUUUACAAGAAACCUCUGCAGAGUCAAUCCCACCGCGAAGACUAUAAAGACCUCCGAAAAAAAAAGGAUGCUGGCAUAAUCGAUUCAAAAGCCUAUAAAUCUGCUAAAAAGAACUUGCUCGCCGAAGCCGAAGACUAUGCCAUCUCCACCGGCGGAUCGGCCUCCUCCCAAAACUCACUUAAGCGAACAGCGACAAAUGACAGUACCUCCCCACCAGCUUCAGUCUCCACUUCCACCUCCUCCGAAUCCCCGAUCAGAGAACGGGCUAGAAAGGGCAGUAUAUUCGAGAGGAAUGAUCCGAAUAGGCUAGUUUAUAAACCCGACCUGCGCAAGGAGGAGGAUCGAGAGGCAGCAAAGAAGGAACGGAAGUUGCGAAAGGCCUUGGAAGCUGAGAGAGCAGCGAAGGUGGAACCCUUCAGGCAUAUUUCUUCCGGAACUGAGGGUCCCUCCUCGAACACGGAUCUUAGGGCUUCUAGGACUAUCAGUGUUUCUAGCUCCUCGGGAAGCUCGAGUAGGUCUUUGGGGCCAAAGCUUGGGAUCGGGUUUAGGUUUUUUGGAAGGAAGGCGCCACCGGUCGGCUCGCCGGUGGGCCCAGAAGCUCCAAGGCUGGAGGAGAAAGAGGAGGAUGAUUUGUUCUCCUAUAGGAGAAGAGCUGGUUCUUUAGGGACUAUUGCGUCAGGGGGCUCAGGGCUAAGUUCUGAGAAGAGACAUGCGACGGGUCUGAUAAUGAGGGAGGAUCAGAGUUACGCGAGGACUAUGGCGGAUUACAUCCUUGUCCCUAAAUCUUCGGCACAAGCAAGAUCACCGAAUAGUUCGAGGUCGGGAACAGUGUCUCGGCGCCAUUCAUUCGGAAGUCAGGGUGAACGUCCGAGUUUCUCUUCCGUGAGACCCGACUCCUCUGCCAGUCGGCCAACUCGGCGAGAUGGAGGUAUCAUAUUUGCGGAGGAUGGAAGAUUGCUUUUCCGGAGCGAAGGCGUUCAAGAGCCUCAGGAGGUUACGAGAAGACCACCAUCUGUGUCGCUUCUAACUCUGUUCACCCAGUUUCUCGUCACCUUUUCAAACACAUCCCGCCUCUUCACUUACGCCAAGUAUGGCACUGUCCGACGGGGGUCGAUUUCCGUCUGCUCGAGCUCCGCGAUUGAUUAUGACGCGGAGGAUAGUGAGACGGAUGACUUUUUCAUGAAUUCGGAUGAAUCGUUUGUCCAUUUGAGGGGUAUCCUGGAACGGAGGACUUGGUUCCUGAGUGCGAUGAAGUGGUUAUCCUUUGAGAGGGUACUGUUCUCCCCAGGGCAUCACUUGAUGGUGCUCAACAGCGGUGGUACAAUACUUGAUCUUGACGGCGGGGGAAUAGCCCUAACCUCCCUCGCCACUAUCCCGUCGGCCAGCAUCGAUGUCAUAGUAUCCCACUCCCUCCCGCACGUUUUCCUGACCACGGCCUCAAGCACUUCCCACGACCAGCAAAUAUUACAAAUCCUUCGCGAACUCCACCGCGUACUGAAGCCUAGUGGGUAUCUAGAACUUACCAUUGUCGACCCAUUAUUGAAUAACAUGGGCCCAUUAACGACGGCUUACAUCGCGAAUCGCAUUCUCCCCACUCCCACUGCCGCGCAGGGUGUGAUCAAGCCGUCGAGGGGUAUAUUGAAAGCACUCAAGACUAUGGGACCGACGGAAGGGGGUUUGUGGGCGGAGGUUAAGACUUGCGAUAUGUGGAUGCCUACGACUAGUAUUGGUGAUGAACUUUCGACCGUGACGAGUCGGGUUGGGAGGCUUUUGUAUGAUGAAUUGUACACCACGAGAGAGGCGGGAGUCUUGGCGGAGGGGGUAUUGGAGAUCACAGACGGCGGAAUGUGGGCCGAUGCAGGAAUUGUGGAGGAGUGCGGGAGGGAAAAUACAGCGUUUAAGUGGGCCAAAUGUUACGCUAGGAAAGCCUGCUGAUGGGGCAGGAGUGGUUUUAUUUUUUUUUCCUUUCCUUUUUUCCUUUCGGGUUUUGUGGAGAUGGGCUGGAGUUGGGUGUUGCGCUUUUCAUAUUUGGGGGAGGCGGCUUGUUCGGUUUUUUUUUGGGGGGGAUUAGGGUUCCGGUACUGGUCUAUUUGCUGUCCCUCUUGUAUGAUAAGAUGAAGCGGAGAAUUGAGCUAGCGGAAA